UGACCCACCACAUCAAAGUGACACAAGAACCAUUUACAUAGCCAACAGGUUUCCUCAGAAUGGCCUUUACACACCUCAGAAAUUUAUAGAUAACCGGAUCAUUUCAUCUAAGUAUACUGUGUGGAAUUUUGUUCCAAAAAAUUUAUUUGAACAAUUCAGAAGAGUGGCAAACUUUUAUUUUCUUAUUAUAUUUUUGGUUCAGCUUAUGAUUGAUACACCUACCAGUCCAAUUACCAGUGGACUUCCAUUAUUCUUUGUGAUAACAGUAACCGCCAUAAAGCAGGGCUAUGAAGAUUGGUUACGACAUAACUCAGAUAAUGAAGUAAAUGGAGCUCCUGUUUAUGUUGUUCGAAGUGGUGGCCUUGUAAAAACUAGAUCAAAAAACAUUCGGGUGGGUGAUAUUGUUCGAAUAGCCAAAGAUGAAAUUUUUCCUGCAGAUUUGGUGCUUCUGUCCUCAGACCGACCUGAUGGUUCAUGUCACGUUACAACUGCAAGUUUGGAUGGAGAAACUAACCUGAAGACACAUAUGGCAGUUCCAGAAACAGCAGUAUUACAAACAGUUGCCAGUUUGGACACACUAGUAGCCGUAAUAGAAUGCCAGCAACCAGAAGCAGACUUGUACAGAUUCAUGGGACGAAUGAUAAUAACUCAACAAAUGGAAGAAAUUGUAAGACCUCUGGGACCUGAGAGUCUCCUGCUUCGUGGAGCUAGAUUAAAAAACACAAAAGAAAUUUUUGGUGUUGCUAUAUACACCGGGAUGGAAACUAAGAUGGCAUUAAAUUACAAGAGCAAGUCACAGAAACGAUCUGCAGUAGAAAAGUCAAUGAAUACAUUUUUGAUAAUUUAUCUAAUAAUUCUUAUUUCUGAAGCCAUCAUCAGCACUAUCUUGAAAUAUGCAUGGCAAGCUGAAGAAAAAUGGGAUGAACCUUGGUAUAACCAAAAAACAGAACAUCAGAGAAAUAGUAGUAAGAUUCUGAGAUUUAUUUCGGACUUCCUUGCUUUUUUGGUACUCUACAAUUUCAUCAUUCCAAUUUCAUUAUAUGUGACAGUUGAAAUGCAGAAAUUUCUUGGAUCUUUUUUUAUUGGCUGGGAUCUUGAUCUGUAUCAUGAAGAAUCAGAUCAGAAAGCUCAAGUCAAUACUUCCGAUCUGAAUGAAGAGCUUGGACAGGUGGAGUAUGUGUUUACAGAUAAAACUGGUACACUGACAGAAAAUGAGAUGCAGUUUCGGGAAUGUUCAAUUAAUGGCAUGAAAUUCCAAGAAAUCAAUGGUAGACUUGUACCGGAAGGACCAACACCAGACUCUUCAGAAGGAAACUUAUCUUACCUUAGUAGUUUAUCCCAUCUUAACAACUUAGCCCAUCUUACAACCAGUUCUUUUAGAACCAGUCCUGAAAAUGAAACUGAACUAGUUAAAGAACAUGAUCUCUUUUUUAAAGCAGUCAGUCUCUGUCACACUGUACAGAUUAGCAAUGUUCAGGCUGACUGCUUUGGUGAUGGUCCCUGGCAGUCCAACCUGGCACCCUCCCACUUGGAGUACUACGCAUCUUCGCCAGAUGAGAAGGCACUAGUAGAAGCUGCUGCAAGGAUUGGUGUUGUAUUUAUUGGCAAUUCUGAAGAAACGAUGGAAGUUAAAACACUUGGAAAACUGGAACGAUACAAAUUGCUUCAUAUUCUGGAAUUUGAUUCAGAUCGUAGGAGAAUGAGUGUAAUUGUUCAGGCACCUUCAGGUGAGAAGUUACUAUUUGCUAAAGGAGCUGAAUCAUCAAUUCUCCCAAGAUGUAUAGGUGGAGAAGUAGAAAAAACCAGAAUUCAUGUAGAUGAGUUUGCUUUGAAAGGGCUAAGAACUCUGUGUAUAGCCUAUAGACAAUUUACAUCAAAAGAGUAUGAGGAAAUAGAUAGACGUCUAUUUGAAGCAAGAACUGCCUUACAGCAACGGGAAGAAAAAUUGGCAGAUGUCUUCCAGUUCAUAGAGAAAGAUCUGGUUUUACUGGGAGCUACAGCUGUGGAAGACAGACUACAAGAUAAAGUUCGAGAAACUAUUGAAGCAUUAAGAAUGGCUGGUAUCAAAGUAUGGGUACUCACUGGAGACAAACAUGAAACAGCUGUUAGUGUCAGUUUAUCUUGUGGACAUUUUCAUAGAACCAUGAACAUUCUUGAACUUAUAAACCAGAAAUCAGACAAUGAGUGUGCUGAACAAUUGAGGCAACUUGCCAGAAGAAUUACGGAGGAUCAUGUGAUUCAGCAUGGGCUGGUUGUAGAUGGGACCAGCCUGUCUCUUGCCCUCAGGGAGCAUGAAAAACUAUUCAUGGAAGUUUGCAGAAAUUGUUCAGCUGUAUUAUGCUGCCGUAUGGCACCACUGCAGAAAGCAAAAGUAAUAAGACUGAUAAAAAUCUCACCUGAGAAACCUAUCACCUUGGCUGUUGGUGAUGGUGCUAAUGAUGUAAGCAUGAUACAGGAAGCUCAUGUUGGCAUAGGAAUCAUGGGUAAAGAAGGAAGACAGGCUGCAAGAAACAGUGACUAUGCAAUAGCCAGAUUUAAAUUCCUCUCCAAAUUGCUUUUUGUUCAUGGUCAUUUUUAUUAUAUUAGGAUAGCUACCCUUGUACAGUAUUUUUUUUAUAAGAAUGUGUGCUUUAUCACACCCCAAUUUUUAUAUCAGUUCUACUGUUUGUUUUCUCAACAAACAUUGUAUGACAGCGUGUACCUGACUUUAUACAAUAUUUGUUUUACUUCCUUACCUAUUCUAAUAUAUAGUCUUUUGGAACAACAUAUAGACCCUCAUGUAUUACAGAACAAGCCCACCCUCUAUCGAGACAUUAGUAAAAAUCGUCUCUUAAGCAUUAAAACAUUUCUUUAUUGGACCAUCCUGGGUUUCAGCCAUGCCUUUAUUUUCUUUUUUGGAUCCUAUUUUCUAAUGGGGAAAGAUAUAUCUCUGCUUGGAAAUGGUCAGAUGUUUGGAAACUGGACAUUUGGCACUUUGGUCUUCACAGUCAUGGUUAUUACAGUUACAGUAAAGAUGGCUUUGGAAACUCAUUUUUGGACUUGGAUCAACCAUCUUGUUACCUGGGGAUCUAUUAUAUUUUAUUUUGUAUUUUCUUUGUUUUAUGGAGGGAUUCUCUGGCCAUUUUUGGGCUCCCAGAAUAUGUACUUUGUGUUUAUUCAGCUCCUGUCAAGUGGUUCUGCUUGGUUUGCCAUAAUCCUCAUGGUUGUUACAUGUCUAUUUCUUGACAUCGUAAAGAAGGUGUUUGACCGACACUUCUAUCCUACAAGUACUGAGAAGGCACAGCUUACUGAAGCAAAUUCAAGUAUCAAGUGCUUGGACUCCAUGUGCUGUUUCCCAGAAGGAGAAGCAGCGUGCGCAUCUGUUGGAAGAAUGCUGGAACGAGUUAUAGGAAGAUGUAGUCCGACCCACAUCAGCAGAUCAUGGAGUGCAUCGGAUCCUUUCUAUACCAACGACAGGAGCAUCUUGACUCUCUCCACAAUGGACUCAUCUACUUGUUAAAGGGCCAGUAGUACUUUGUGGGAGCCAUUUCCCCUCCUUUCCCAAAUUUCAGUGUGAUCAUCCUGUUAAUAGCCAUGUUAGCUCUGACAUUACUUUUUGAAAUCUCUGGAAUAGUUCAGACCCACUCAGAGCUAUAAUGGCACACAAACAGAAAGCAUCAACACCACCCCUAGUAUAGCCCUCCCACCCCCACUAAUUUGAAUCUGAGCAUGUUAAAAUUUGUGAAUAAAGAGACAUUUUCCAUCUCUUUGUCUGGUUUGUCCCUUAUGCUAAUGGGACUCCUUAAGGGCAUUUCAGCCUCUUGCUGAGGCCACUAUAUUUUACUAUCAAGAUAGAAAAGAGAUAAACCUAGUUAUGUGUAUUUUUUAGGAUUAGCUUGGUUAAUGACUUCUAUUUAAAUCUGCUUCUGUAAAUUAUGCUGAAAGUUUGCCUUGAGAACUCUAUUUUUUUAUUAGAGUUAUAUUUGAAGCUUUUCAUGGGAAAAGUUAAUGUGAAUAGUGAAGAAUCUGGGUCCCUCAGUGACCUGUGUUGUUCGUUCAUUAAUGCUUUCUAAGUGCACAGAGCAAAUUAGAAGAAUAAUUUUCAACCAUUAUUUACCACGGUAUGGGUAGUAAAUUUCUACCAGUACCAGAUUCCUCUGACUGUACUGUAAUACAGCCUGUAAAGUUUGCAACAUAAAUGCAAAGAUAUAUCAUAUCUGAUAUAUUAAUCAGGAAUCGGGUCCAUUCACCAAAUUUCAAAUUGAUGUUUAUUCACAUUUUGUGGCAGAAUAUGAAGACCCUAUAAAUGGGUAAAUUAGAUACAUUAGCAUAUUAUUAAUUUAAUGUCUUUAUCAGAUCUUUUGCAUGCUUUAAUCUGAUUAAUAUAUUUAAAUUUGCUUUUUUCCUCUAUCUGAAGGCUCUGUAUAUAGUAUUUGAUGAUAAUGUUGUAAAGUUCAACUAUGUCAAUAAUAAACAAGUUUGGACAGUAUUUAAGUAUUGCAAAUACUUUUAAUUAUACAAAUCAAAAUAUUGUGGAUAAUUAAAUCAAUAAAGAGAAGAGACUCUUUCUGUGGCCAACUUAGAAUUGCUCUUGUCGUUCUGUAAGCUAGACUUUAGAAUAAAGGGUUUCAGUUAAGAAUCUUGUUAUUUUUAGGUUAGCAUUUGUUGUCUAAGUUACAGCAGACUACCACAGUGAAGUGAAUUCUGCCCUGUGUCCCAUUAUAAAGUAUAUUGUCAGGUGUGACUAUGGAAUGUAAAUGAAACAAAGUCUGAAAUACUAAAUUUGUAUCAGGUCGUGACAGCAAUAAAUUAAAAUGCUAAGAAUGAUUAAUCAAGUACAUGUUACCAUAAUUAACUCAUUGCACUUCAAAACUUAAUUUCCAUCCUAAAUAUAUCAUAUAGAUUCAGUAUUAUAAUUUGUUUUUGGUUUUUUAAGAAGUAAUGUUUUAAGAUUUAGAAAUUAGUUUAAGAACUAUUACCCAGCUCUACACAAAUAAUGAUUGUAUGCCUAUUUAGAAUUGUAAGGAAAUGGAUAAAUGAGGUUUGCUAGAUUUUUCCUUGAAAAUGUAAUAAUUCCUUUAUGGAAAUGUAUUAUGCAACCUUGCACCCCUUCUAGUUUCAUGAUAAGCCUUCUAGAAUUGGACUGGUAGGAAAAGAGUGGCAGAACUAAGAUUUAAGACUUUACCUUUUUUUGUGGUAAACUAUUUCAUGCUGAUAUGACAUUUGUUUGUUUCGAUAAUACAAAGAUACUAAAUUCUUAAUUGUAGGCUAAAUAUUGAUUUUCAAAAAUAGCCCAUUAACUUAGAUGUUCCAGAGUUGGGUUUAGGAAGAUCUGUUAUUCUGGAAAUACUUUCAAGGGAUAAUAUAGUAUACAAUAUACACAUUCACUAAUUCAUGUUCCAGAAGAGGAAAUAUUGUAGAAAUAUUCAGAGUAGUUUAAUAGAGGAUGAUAUGGAAUUUGCUUUCUUGUCGAGUAUCUUGUAAAACAUACAUACAGCAAAAUGAUAUUCAGGCCUGCAUCCUACCUACCUUUUGGGGUUUGUUUGCCAUCAGACUGACUGCUGACACGAAAGAGGGACCACAAAGUCCUCAAGCAGUCUGUGACCAAACGCAGCAAGACAGGAGGUCAGCUAGCCCGUGUGGUACUGAGAGUGACAGGAUUUUCUGCACUCCGCAUUUGAGGCUAGUUAAGGGGAACUUCAUUUCCAAAAAGUAAAGCAAAUGGUGUCCACCGGUGCACUCAUUCUACUUGUUCAAAACCUACUCUAUUUUUAAAGGAAGAUUGCCUUGUAAUUUUAAGAGAAGAGUUUUCUCCUAUUUAUUGAAAAAAGUGAUAGGGCAAUAUACAAGCUUUCAUCAUUUGGUAGUGUUCAUAUUCAUCUCAUAAAAUUACUACUAUAUAACCAGUAAUUACGAGAAGUUUCCCUGUUGCGUUGGAAAGUGUGAUGUUGAGAAUUAACUUAUUCUUAUCUGCCAAAGCCAGAAUAAGAUGCUAAAUGUAUUAUUUAAGUUAAUCGCGGGUCUCAAAGCUGUCUGCCACACUCGCCUGCCUUUGCCUAGUCUGCGGCUGUAAGCCUGGAGAUAGUGCAAGACCAAGUCCGCUUCCAGAAUUGGUGACUCAGCACCCCACCUCGGCUUAGCGAGUGUAGACUCACUCUGGCAGGAGCAGAGGUGAGAAAGGCUUGCUGUGGCGCUGAGGAGAGAGAGGGAGAGAGGUUACAGUCUGCAUUUCCCACCUGCCCUCCUCGGGUUUGAAGCGCCAUGAUGUCCACGGGCUUCCAGACCUGAGCCAAACCCAGGCCUCUCCUGAAGAGCAGAUGAAACCGAGGCAAAUCCCGUUAGGAAACACCUGCACGCGGACCUAUUAUUAGUACCGGGACAGAAGUCAUUUCUAGUGCAGAAGAUGGUUUGAACUUGUUUGGUAGCUUGAGAGCCCUGAUAAGCAGAAAUCAAGGCCUCUAAAAAAUUGACAACGAAGAGCAGAAAGUUUUAAAAGUAUACGACUCUGAAUGUCACUUGGAGGCUGGGGAAAGGGAAAAAUCUUUCAUGUUUGCGUUUUUCCUGUAAAAAUCAGUUUGGAGUUUGAUAUAAGCGGGUAUUAAUAAAAGUAACACACCAAAGAGUUCAUGAAAAACAUGUUUAAACUUUGGUCCCCAUUUAUAGACGUUUUUAUUUGUCUCUUGAAAUGAGUUAUCUAUUUUCAUAAAAUUAAAACAUUCUUAAAGUGCUGUUUUAUGCGAUAUAACUUGAAUAAUAUUCCUACGUAAAAUAGAUCGUAAUGAAUGACAUGUUUGUAAUGACCAUGAGGGUGGAUUUUUGUGAGGAAUGAGUAGCUGGAAAUAUUGUAGCAAAACUUAGUCUAGAGUUUUGGACCUCAGACACUGUGGCCGGCUCAUGUGAUCCUUGGAAAAUUAUCUGCAUUGUUGGUAAAUGUAGUACAUUUGUGCAGCUCUCAUAAUUUUUUAACGUUUAUGAAGUUAUAUUUAUCAAAUAAAAGUUUUCCUAUAUA